AUGCUGGGGACAGUGUUUUUCUCCUUACUGCUGACUUGUGCAUGUGCCAAAGAUAAUGUCCCCCCUCGUCUGAACGACACUAAAGCUGUGGAGGCCUUCGUCGACUCUGCAGAAGUGGUGCUGGUCGGGUUCUUAGAGUGGGUGGGGGUGGGGGGGGGGGGGGGGGGGGGGGGGGGGGGGUGGGGGUGGGGGGGGGGGGGGGGGGGGGGGGGGGGGGGGGGGGGGGGGGGGGGGGGGGGGGGGGGUGGGGGGGGGGGGGGGGGGGGGGGGGGGGGGGGGGGGGGGGGGGGGGGGGGGGGGGGGGGGGGGGGGGGGGGGGGGGGGGGGGGGGGGGGGGGGGUCCUCGGGACGCUCGGCAGCAACCAGAUCAGAGAGAGCCGCAAAGUGGUCGAACGGAGACAUUCAGCGGUCUAA